AUGGAACCCAACCCUACUCAUGAUCAGCCAAAGUUCAAAGGAGUUCGGUUGAGAAAAUGGGGGAAAUGGGUUUCUGAAGUCAGAUUGCCUAACAGCCGCGACAGGAUUUGGUUGGGGUCAUACGAUUCUGCUGAGAAAGCCGCAAGGGCUUUUGAUGCUGCACAGUUCUGCCUCCGCGGGCCGAAAGCUAAGUUUAAUUUCCCUGAUAGUCCGCCGGAUAUAUCCGGUGGACAAAGGCUUUCCCCCGCGGAGAUACAGGCUGUAGCAGCUAGAUUUGCGAAUGAUUACUCGCCGUCAGUGGUACAGGAGAUACAGCGUGAUGGUCAUGAGGGCAAUAUUGGAAAUAUUAAUUCACACGUGAUAAAUAUGGAAAAAGAUGAGAUUUCGCUAUCAACAACUAGUAGUUGUGAUGUACCACCACCUAUGGUGGUCCAAAUGGGCACUAGUACUGUUGCUGAAAUGGACUGGGCUUUUUAUAAUGAUAUGAUGGAAAAUUAUCCAUAUAAUGCAAGUGGGCCUCCAACUGAAUUUUUUUGUGAUCCAUAUUAUUCCGGAGCAGGAAUAGGAGCAGGAGCAGGAGGAGGAGGAGUACUCGAUAUUAAUUUAUCAAGUAAUCUCUACUCACCACCACAUUUUCCGCAAAGAGCAACUCCUAAUUAUGACGAUGAUGAUACUGGCAAUGGCGGCGAUGAACAUUAUUCUCAACAAUCCUUCCUCUGGAACUUUUAA